AUGAUCAGUGCACUUCAAUGGAUCGCGAGGGGCAAGAGCCUCCCGCAUCCCAAGAAAUAUGUCCUCGACGACAGCGAGAUGCAACGCGUCUCCCAGAUGGCCAACGUCCAAUUCGAGGAUGCAAAGGCGCAGCUCGAACGUGCCCAGCGCGAUAUCGCACGCGGCAAGGAUCCCUUUGCGCCCAACACUGGCAACGACGAUGAUGACGAUGAGUGGCAGGACGACGACCAAGACGACGAAAAGAUGGAUCAGGAUGGCGAUGCACCCAUGGCAGAGGAUGCUUCCAAGCAGACCAAGGAGGAUCCCGAUGAUCUGUCUCGCUACAACCUCGACGAGUACGAUGACGAUGCCAGCGCUGAAGCUACCGCGGGAGCAUUCAGCAACAUUCGAGGUCUCGCCGUCUACCAGAGCAACGAGGACGACCCGUACGUGACAGUACAGGACGAUGCCGAGAAGGACGACGAGGAGGAACGUGAGGAACUCGAGGUCUACCCUACCGACAACUUUAUCAUCACCGCAAAGACCGAAGACGACGUAUCCCAGCUCGAAGCGCACAUCUACGCUGCCAGCGGUGCCAACCUUUACGUACAUCACGAUCUCAUGCUUCCCUCGUUCCCGCUCUGCCUCGAAUGGCUCGACUACGCACCCGCACGCUCCUCGGCGGACCAGAACGCUUCCAAACCGGCCGGAGAGCUGGGCAACUACAUCGCCGUCGGAACCAUGGAUCCCGAGAUCGAAGUGUGGAGCAUGGACGUUGUCGACGGCAUGUAUCCUGACGCCAUUCUAGGCCGAAAGACGGAAACGGAUCAGCUCAACGCUCCACUGGGGACGGGCAAGAAGAAGCGCAAGCAGUCCAAAGCUCGAGUCGCCAACGACGCGUACCACGUCGAUGCGGUUCUAGGUCUCUCGUGGAAUCCCGUUGCACGCAACCUGCUUGCGUCCGCUUCCGCGGACUGCACCGUCAAGCUCUGGGAUCUGUCUCGACCGCACACCAGUGAGGACAGUACUGCCUUCCGAUCCUUCGCCUCGCACACGGACAAGGUGCAAUCCGUCGCUUGGCAGUGUAAAGCAGCGGGUGGCGCGUCAACCUCCGCCAACCCAGCGGUGCUGCUGACUGGAUCGUACGAUAAGACCAUCCGCGUGUUCGACACACGUACACCCGACACGGCCUCCAUCGUCAGCAUCUCGAGUGACGUCGAAAGCGUCGUCUGGAACGGUUGGUCCGCCGAUACAUCGAGCUUCCUCUGCUCGCUCGAAUCCGGUCUUGUGCAAUCCUUCGACAUGCGCUCCCCCAGCUCGCCGCUCUGGACGCUCCAGGCACACGAUACCGCCUGUACCUCGAUCGAUGUCUCUCCGCACAUCCCCAAUUGCAUCCUCACCGCUUCCUCCGACCGCUCCGUCAAACUCUGGAACCUCUCCUCCUCCUCUCCUACCACUCUCACACCCGAGUCGAUCAACCUCGUGCUAUCACGCGAUCUCGGUCUCGGGAAAAUCUUCGCUGCCAAAUUCAGCCCCAACGAUCCCCUCACCCUAGCUGCCGCCGGAAGCGCAGGUCAGCUUCAAGUCUUCAACGCCCUGAGCAACCCCGCUGUCCGCAAAACUUUCGCAGAUAGGUUGAAACUCCUCAAGGGAGACGAGAAGGUAGAUCUCGAUGGUUCGGAACCAAGCAGAGGCGAUGGCGUCGUUAGGGUCGAGGACGACGAUGAGGAUGAUAGUGACGAUGAAGAGAUGCAGGAGUGA